AUGGCUUCAGCAAUCCUGGGGAAUGUAAAGGAGGAGGUGACCUGCCCCAUCUGCCUGGAUCUCCCGACAAAACCACUGAGCAUCGACUGUGGCCACAGCUUCUGCCAGGCCUGCAUCACUUCAAACUAUGAGUCCAUGGUGAGUCAAAAAGGGGAGAGCAGCUGCCCUGUGUGCAGAAUCAGUUACCAGUUUGAGAACCUGCGGCCUAAUCGGCAUGUGGCCAACAUAGUGGAGAGGCUCAGGGGCAUCAAGCUGAACCCAGAGGAGGAGCAGAAGGUGUAUCACUGUGCACGCCAUGGAGAGAAACUCCUACUCUUCUGUAAGGAGGACAAGACGGUCAUUUGCUGGCUUUGUGAGCGUUCUCAGGAGCACCGUGGACACUCCACAUUCCUCUUGGAGGAGGUUGCCCAGGAGUACCAGGAGAAGUUUCAGGAAAUGUUGCAAAACCUGGUGAUAGCCAAGGAAGAAGCUGAGAAGUGGAAAGUUGACAUCCAAACUGAGAGAACUUUCUGGGAGAGCAAAAUACAGAGUGAGGUAGAAAAUGUCCAGGUAGAGUUUGGAAAACUGGGAGACAUCCUGAACUCUGAGGAGGAGCAGGAGAUUCAAAAACUGAAGAACGAGGAGGAAGUUAUUAUGAACCGCCUGACAGAGUCUGAAAGUGAGCUGAUCCAGCAGAGCCAGUUGGUGAAAGAUGUUAUCUCAGAUCUGGAACGUCGGUUGGAAGGGUCAACAGUUGAGAUGCUGAAGAACGUCUCAAAUAUUAUUGCAGAAUCACAUCGGUUCAGUAAAAAAGAAAAAAAAUGCAUAUCCAAAAAAGAAAAAAAAUUCAUGUCUCCUGAUCUGAAGGGGAUGCUGCAGGUGUCUCAAGAGCUGACAGAUGUUCAACGCUACUGGGUUCACCUGACACUGUCUCCAAGCAACAAUCCAAAUAUUGUCAUUUCUAAGGACCAGAGACAAUUAAGAUAUGUAACCCAAUACUCGCGCAAGCGUGGGAAUUAUCAUGAAGGUGUUUUGGGCUACCCACCUAUCACAUCAGGAAAACAUUACUGGAUGGUAGAUGUGUCCAAGAAAAGUGCCUGGUCUCUGGGGUUGUGUGAUAGAAAAUAUUUCGAAUCUGCAUCUGUCCCUGGACAAAGUAAAAACUAUCAACCUAAAUGUGGCUACUGGGUUAUAGGUCUUCACAGAUUUCUCUAUUAUGCUUUUUGUAAGAAUGAUGCCCAUUAUCCUUUGAACUUGGUCCUCUCUCUGACUGUUCCUCCACAACAUAUUGGGGUUUUCUUAGAUUAUGAGACUCGUGAACUUUCAUUUUACAAUGUUACAAACCAUGGGUUUCUCAUCUAUAAAUUCUCCAAAUGUUUCUUUCCUAAAGAAGUUUUUCCUUACUUCAAUCCUGAGACAUGUCCAGAGCCCAUGACACUACACUGGCCAAGCUCUUGA